UUUUUGAAAAUUUUAGUAAUAAAAUUGUAUAACUGAAAAUAUAUAAUUAAAUUAUAUUUUGAAAUUUAUAAUAUCAUAAUUGAAUAUAUUUAUUUUUGUGAUGAUUUAUGAGUUAUUUCUAUAUUCUAGAAAAUUUUCAAAAAUAUAAGUUGACAUUAAAUGUAAUAUAUGACUUAUUACCAUAUUUUAAAAAGUUUACAAAAAAUAUAAUUAACAUAAAUACAAUUGUCCAUGUGAUAUUAAGUUAUAAGACAUGUCAUUUAUUUCAUUAGCCAUGUCAUAUUUGUUUUGUGAAAUUGAUUGUAGAAAGGACAUGUGACAAAAUCACUUCGCAAAUCAUAUUCCUCAACAAUACUUUCUUCUUAAAAACCCUCGUUCUUUCUUUCCAGAGUUAUAUUCCCCUUUUACUAGAAUCAUUUUGUAUUUAGGGUUCAGUAUCUAUACUAUAUUAAAAGGGUUAUAUGAGCUCCAUACAGCAUGUCCACGUAGGACAAUUAAAUCGACCAAUCACGUUGAAGCGUUUAGCCAUGUCACUAAUAUGUUGGGCUCACGGUUUUUCUUUUGUGUAUUUGUUACGAUUGGGCUCAAGCCCAUGAAACCAUUAUAACAAACAAUCGCACUCUUUCACGUUUUUUCGAAACCAAAAUCAGAACGAUUCUCAUCCCCUUUCCUCUUCCUCUUCUUUGAUCCGUUUCACGAUCUGAUUCAUGAGCAAUUGAUUCAUCCUCCACUUCGUUCUCCCUUUACUCUCAUUUAUGGAUUCGUUUUUCUCUUCUUUUGUUUAUAAAACUCUUGAACGGAGUUUCGUUUCGAUUAAGCUUCGUCGUAAAUUUUCAUUCGUACAUUGCAAUGAGUUUCACCGGAAAAUCCAACUCGGAGAAACCACAACGCGUUGAGGGUGACUCCUUUCCCGGACCGAUCAAUCCCAUCGGCGAUCCCCACUCGAAGCAAGCCAAAGUCGAAGCGUCGUUCUCCUCCGGUCUGACGAAAUUAAAGGCUGACACCUUUCCCGGACCGAUUAAGCCCAUCGGCGAUCCCCACUCGAAGCAAGCCAAAGCCGUAGCCUCGAUCUCCUCCGGUCUAUACUAUAUUAAAAGGGUUAUAUGAGCUCCAUACAGCAUGUCCACGUAGGACAAUUAAAUCGACCAAUCACGUUGAAGCGUUUAGCCAUGUCACUAAUAUGUUGGGCUCACGGUUUUUCUUUUGUGUAUUUGUUACGAUUGGGCUCAAGCCCAUGAAACCAUUAUAACAAACAAUCGCACUCUUUCACGUUUUUUCGAAACCAAAAUCAGAACGAUUCUCAUCCCCUUUCCUCUUCCUCUUCUUUGAUCCAUUUCACGAUCUGAUUCAUGAGCAAUUGAUUCAUCCUCCACUUCGUUCUCCCUUUACUCUCAUUUAUGGAUUCGUUUUUCUCUUCUUUUGUUUAUAAAACUCUUGAACGGAGUUUCGUUUCGAUUAAGCUUCGUCGUAAAUUUUCAUUCGUACAUUGCAAUGAGUUUCACCGGAAAAUCCAACUCGGAGAAACCACAACGCGUUGAGGGUGACUCCUUUCCCGGACCGAUCAAUCCCAUCGGCGAUCCCCACUCGAAGCAAGCCAAAGUCGAAGCGUCGUUCUCCUCCGGUCUGACGAAAUUAAAGGCUGACACCUUUCCCGGACCGAUUAAGCCCAUCGGCGAUCCCCACUCGAAGCAAGCCAAAGCCGUAGCCUCGAUCUCCUCCGGUCUUACGAAAUUAAAGGAUGACUCCUUUCCCGGACCGAUCAAGCCCAUCGGCACACCUGAUUCGAAGAACUGCAAAGGUACGAUCAAUCACAACACGAAGACUGGUUUCUCUUCAGGCGUUAGAGGCAAAGCCGCUGUCUCCUCUGCCGUCAAGGGAAAAGCCAUUGUCUCCGCCAAAGUAAUGGCUUUCAAAGAUGUGAAAUACGGACUUCAUGACGGCGAGCUGAGGUUUCGGUUGAUCCAUUUUUGGGAAGCUCGAAAUGUUGUGACGAAGGUGCUUCUCGGUCUCAAGAUGCUUCUCAUCGACUAAGAGGUAUAAACCGAAUUCUUGAUUGCGAUUUAGUUUAGAAAUUGUUCAGACAAGAUGCUGAUAAACAUUUUAGAUUCAAACUUAUCGCUCUAUUAUUUAUAGCAAGUGUUUGCUUUUGUUUGACAGGAGGGAGCUCAGAUAUUUUAGGAAAGAUGGGCACAACCGGAGGAAGAAGAAAGAUGGUAAAACGGUGAAAGAGGAUCACGAAAGCUCAAGGUUAAUAAUAUAUUUACAUUCAUGUUACCUCAGUUUUUAAUAAAUAUUUUAGAGUAAUAUUGUUUAAGUAUAUAUCU